CCCAGAACCGAGCAACCACAACGCUCCAGUUCUCGGUGACGUCACGGAACGCUCCUCCCCUGAUUGGUUUCCUUCAGAAGCGGGACCCGCCCGGUCUCCACGCCUCCGCCAGGCCCCUUUGUCCACUAGCUGGUGGGAACGUCACUGCCGCAGCUGGAGCGAGCGCUGAGUGUAUCUCGCUCCCGCGCGAGAUUAGAGCAGGCCGGGGUUAAGAUGGCGGCGCCCGUGCUCAGAGUGUCUGUGCCGCGGUGGGAGAGCGGGGCCCGGUAUGUGGUGUGCGUCCUCGGCAUCGUCUUGUCCAUCUAUGCCUUCCACGUGGAAAGAGAGAAGGAGCGGGACCCCAGCUACCAGGCCAUGUGCGACAUCAGUGAGUGGGUGCGCUGCUCCGGCGUCCUCGCCUCCAGAUGGGGUCGUGGAUUUGGACUUUUUGGUUCCAUCUUUGGAAAGGAUAGUCUAAUGAAUCAGCCAAACAGUGUCUUUGGAGUUAUAUUUUAUUUACUACAGAUGUUACUUGGUAUGACAGUAAGCGCUGUAGCAGCAUUAGUGCUAAUGUCCACUUCUAUAGUAUCAGUGGUAGGAUCCCUCUACCUGGCAUACAUCCUGUACUUUGUGCUGAAGGACUUGUGUGUUAUCUGUGUCACCACCUAUUUGCUGAACUUCAUUCUACUUAUCAUCAACUACAAACGACUAGUUUACUUGAAUGAGGCCUGGAAAGAGCAGCUGCAGGAUAAACAAGAAUAAGAGGCCUCUCAAACUUUGACUCAUGUCUGAAGGACACUGCUUCCUUAACGUUUAUUUUGCAGUACAUUUUUAUUGGUUGAGGGAAAGACGGUUUCCAAGAUAAAGAACAAUCUUAACCAACUUUUUAUUUUUUAUUUUUAUUUUUUUUGACUGAAAGGGCCCUGGAUAUGUGUAUUUGCUAUUGCACCUCCUUAUUGACUUGGAUGAAGGCGUGAUCAUUUAAGAUUCCGUGACAAGCUUUAACUGUACUUAACAAGGUGUUUUGAAUGGCUCAUUGUCUUUUUGCAGCAUAUUUUCCUCCUGUGCCUCCCUCUGCUCAGUGUAUGUUUGAGUGUCAAGCCUUUGAUGCGGGUAAUGUGU